AUGGCAAAUGGUGAAUCAAAGAAGGAAGAGAGAUCAUCAUCAUCAGCAGCAGCAGCGAAGGUGAAAGAGUUGAAUGAGUGGCUGCCAGUGACCGCUUCAAGGAAUGGGAAAUGGUGGUACUCUGCUUUUCACAAUGUCACUGCCAUGGUUGGUGCUGGUGUUCUUGGUCUUCCUUAUGCCAUGUCUGAACUUGGAUGGGGUCCAGGUGUUACUGUGCUGGUUCUGUCAUGGGUCAUCACUCUCUACACUCUCUGGCAAAUGGUAGAAAUGCAUGAAAUCGUACCGGGGAAGAGAUUCGAUAGAUACCAUGAAUUAGGUCAACAUGCUUUUGGCAAAAAGCUUGGAAUUUGGAUUGUGGUUCCUCAACAGUUAAUUGUAGAAGUUGGGGUGAACAUAGUUUACAUGAUCACCGGAGGCAAGUCUCUCAAAAAGUUCCAUGAUACAGUGUGCCCUAGUAGCUGCAAAUCAAUCAAAACCACUUACUUCAUCAUGAUCUUCGCCUCGGUUCACUUCUUUCUCUCUCAUCUUCCCAAUUUUAACUCCGUCACGGUUAUCUCUCUGGCUGCAGCAAUCAUGUCCUUGAGUUACUCUACCAUAGCUUGGGUAGCCUCUAUCCACAAGGGGGUUCAACCAGGAGUCCAAUACACCCCAAGGGCUUCAACCACCAAAGGAACUAUAUUCCAAUUCUUGAGUGCAUUGGGUGAUGUAGCAUUUGCCUUUGCUGGCCACAAUGUGGUUUUAGAAAUCCAAGCAACAAUCCCAUCCGAACCCGGAAAGCCGUCCAAAAAACCCAUGUGGAGAGGGGUGCUUUUCGCUUAUACUGUAGUGGCCUUGUGUUACUUCCCAGUUUCGCUCAUCGGUUAUUGGGUUUUUGGAAAUAGUGUGGAAGAUAAUAUCCUCCUUUCAUUGGAGAAACCUGCCUGGCUUGUUGCUUUGGCUAACUUGUUUGUGGUGGUUCAUGUCAUUGGAAGCUAUCAGGUAUUUGCACAACCAGUGUUUGACAUGAUAGAAGCUUGUUUGGUAAUGAAAAUGAACUUCAAGCCAACUAGAUUUCUUCGAAUUGUCACUCGAACCACUUAUGUAGCCAUUACAAUGUUCGUUGGAAUGACAUUCCCUUUCUUUGGAGGGCUUCUUGGUUUCUUUGGAGGAUUUGCAUUUGCUCCAACUAGCUACUAUCUGCCUUGUAUCAUAUGGCUUGCCAUCUGCAAACCCAAAAGGUUUAGCUUAUCUUGGUUCACUAAUUGGGCUGACAAAUCCACGAUUACUGAGGCGGAGUUGGAGGCUAUCCGCGAAAAAUACCAGAUCCCUGGGGAAGUGGAGUUAUUGCUGUCGACAUCAACGGAAAGGUCAUCUGACGCUAGGCCAGGAGAGUUUUCCCUUUAUGAGGAAGCUCUGAAGGGUAGACUGAGGUUGCCACUGCCGCAAGUGGUAGUGGAUGUGCUUAACCGUCUGGAGGUAGCACCGGGGCAACUAAUGCCCAACGCAUGGAAGAUCCUGCUGGCUUGUGCAAGUGCGUGA